CACAAAAUAGUUCAGCUAUAGUACUAUGGGAGAAAAUAGGAGAUCUCUCUCAUUUGUUGACUUGGGCUAAAAACGAGAGGCUGGGUCUACGAAGCCGCCAUGGACUCUACCAGCUCGCAAUUAAGGCCCUAAAAAAAUAACGGGUUGAACGAAAAUAAGCAGAAGCCCGUUGUCCCGGCCCAAAACAGUCCUCUACAACCGGAAUCAAAACUGGUUCUCUGUUGUAGAGAGAGAGAGAGAGAGAGAGAGAGAGAGAGAGAGAGAGCUAUGGCGAAGAAUCGAGGUGGAGCUGAUACAAGGAAAGGGAGAAAAGUCUCUCAAAAUCGUACACAGACCAAGAAGAAACCUACAACUGCUUCGGGAAGGGCGGCGGCGAUCGUUGCCGUCAACGAUGAUGAGCUCGAGACCGCCGCUGAAUCAUCUCAUAGCACUGAUUCGGAAAAGGGCGGAACUGCAGGAAUUGAAUUCCUCUCAGAAGAAGAAGAUGAGAAUGAGGCCGAAAAGGGAGGAAUUCAGUUCCUUAAUGAUGAAAAAGUAGGCGAUGGGGAUGGGGCUAAUGGCAAUGCCUAUGGCAAUCGACGAGGAAAAUGCCAGAAAUUGGAGAAAAAUCCGAGUACUAAGAGGAGAGGAAGCGAAAAAGAGAAACAGGGGGAGAGGGAAGUGAAGAAAGGCAAAGGCAAUGCUGGUUCAUCUCACCAAACUAAGGCUGAGAAAAAUAGUAAUGCUAAAACGAAAGCGAAUCGGGGAUUAGCUGUUAAGCAGGCGAAGGGUGCUGCGAGUCAAGAGAAAAAGAGUAAGCAGACGAAGAAUGGGGAGAAAGAGAUCAAAAAGAAGCUUGAAGGGAAGAAAGAGGAGAUUUUGAAAGUGAAAGAGAGAUGUAAUGUGAAGAAGAAUCAGAAAAGCGAAGUGGAGGAGAGUAGUGGAAACACAAAAAUCACUCCCAAAAAGGGGGAUGAGAAGACGAAUAAGAGGAAGCAAAGGGUGGAAGAUGAUGAAGAGGUUAGAGGAAAAGUAGCUAAAAAGGUGAAGAGUAGUAGUGGUAGUGGUGAUAAGAGCCAAUCAAGACAGGGAAAGAAAGAUGACAGUAAGAGGAAGAAGAAUGGGAAAUUGGAGGAAGAAGAUGAAGAGGGUAUUGGACCGGUUGUAGCAAAAAAGGUCAAGAGUAAUGGACAGAUUAGUAGGGUGAGCAAGGAAAUAGUGGAGAAACGGGAUACAAAGAACGAGAAGAAAGUAGAAAAUGGGGCAAAGAGAGUUUCUGAUUCCAAGGGGAAAAGGAAUGACCAAGAGGAGGAGGAGGCGGCGGAAAAGGGAGUUAAGUGUGAGAGCAUAUUGUAUAACUUCCCAAUGAGUCGAGUGAGUAGGAUAAUCAAGAGCGAAAUCAGUAAUACCAAUGUUUCCCAAGAAGCAACUUUUGUUAUCAAUAAAGCUACGGAAAAGUUUCUUGACCUAUUCUCCAAGGAGGCCUACGCUUGUGCUUUUUUGGCUCGUAAGCCUUAUGUUGGAUACGAUCAUCUCUCAUCUGUUGUUUGUAAAAGGAAGAGAUUUGAAUUCCUUUCAGAUUUUGUACCCGAAAAAAUAAAAGCCGAGGAGGCUUUAGCGAAUGCAGAAGGUGGUUAAGGAGUUUCUUCUGUGCAAUGAAACUAAACUAACAGUUUUGCUCCUAUGUAGUCACUGGAGAGGGCUCUAAAUGAAUUUACUUUUUUGGCCCUUUUUGUUGCUCCCCUUGGAUUCAUAGAUUGCAAGGCUAAUUCAGUCAUCAGGGGAUGGGAAAUUUUAGUUCACCUUUAAUUGUCACCAUAAAUAGACUUGCUAACAACUGCCAGUUUGCAUCACCAUGAUGGAAUGUUAGUGUA